AUGCCCGAAUUCACAAGUGGUAAUGAGGAAGCCUCGCCUCGACAGUGUAUCAACUACUUGUUACUAAGGACUGAUGUGAAGUACUGGAGAAGAGGUUUAGUGGAGAUGUUACGAAGUCAAACCAAGGGAGAUAACCAAGAGCAAUUAAUAACUUUCCUGAUUUCGAACGUAACGAAUGCUAUCUCCGCAAGGAAAAUUGGAACGAAGACCUUAGUUAGAAUUAACUAUCAGGAAGUACCUGAUGACCUCGAUCUUGUAAACUGGAGAAGAAUCAUGAUUGGUCUGAACCUUGUACUGGAAGAACCGGAUACCAAUCGUAACCUCCGUUCGAUUGGUGUAAGCGUGACAAACAGUACGGAAGUACUCAGUCUUCAAGGAUUUAUCGAAGUAUUGAAUUUCGUUAAAAUGUUAUCCUGGAACAUAGUGGAAUUCCUUGCCAGUGUUGGUAAACAUGACGCAUCUACACUGUAUGAAACGCUGACCGACACCGUGAAUGGAUUUCCCAUACCGGCUUGGUAUUAUAAAGCACUAACGAAAUUGUAUGAAUGCCAUAUGUCUGAAAUGAGGAGUUUAGGGUUUUAUAGAAGAUCAUUAGGAGAGCUUAUCACAUGGACACAACCACAACGAGGCUCUAUGCAAGCGGUAAUAGGGGUUAUACAAGGCCUGUGCAAACCUCUGUCUGGUGUGCAAGAAAGUAGUAGUUCAAGUUCAAGUUCUUUAUUUCACCAAAAGUCUUACGACUUAUAG